UCCCGCCUCUCUGUCAGGCUCCGGGCGCAUCAACUCUCAGAAGUCUGGAACGUUCCAUUGCACCGCCCUGGGGGGAAGCAAGUCUCAAAAAACUGUCAGAAUUCGCUUGAUAUUAAGACAGAUAGGGACAUUACUAGCAAGUGAUGGAAAACUAUAGUGUAAGUGUGCGGCAGACUGGAGGGUGACGCCAUUAGAGCGAGACACUGAGAGAGGCAGUUCAGGCCGCUCCCCCUCCUGCCGGCUCGGUGGUGGUACAGCUCCAGUCGGUGUCAGGCUGCGGAGUGAGGCGCAAGGUGAGACCCGGUACUGAAUUCCUGCUAUUGGACCAGCGUUAGGGCAUGAUGCUGUUCCUAGCGAUUGCACUGGGGCUGAUUGCCGCCAUUUUCUCCCUGCUGGAUGUGUGGUACUUUAUUCGCGGUGCCUUAGUGGUACUGAAAGCUCGUAUCCAGCCUGUAGUGAAAGACCUGCUGAAGGAGCACUCCUAUUCGGGCAUAGUCCUACCCCACGAUCUGGACUUCCUGUUCCAUAUGAACAACUCCCGUUACCUCCGCGAGGCCGACUUUGCACGCUUUGCUCACUUCACCCGCAGCGGCCUCUUCCAAGCCAUGCACUCCUUGGGCUCCAGCAUGGUCAUGGCGGGGUGCACCAUUCGCUACCGACGCUCCCUGCGUCUCUGGGAGACCUUUGAGAUACGCACCCGCCUCCUAUGCUGGGACGACAAGGCCUUCUACGUGGAACAGAAAUUUGUGGCUCUUAAGGACGACUUUGUGUCCGCCGUGCUGAUGAGUCGGCAGCAUGUUAUUGGAAACUCCCCCGACAAGGUGGUACAGUCCAUGUGCAAAAGGAAGGUGGAGUCCCCAGAGUAUCCGGAGGAGGUCGUGCACUGGAUCAAGUACAAUGACAGCAGCAGCCAACAGCUGAGAGCAGAAAGUGGGGUGUCCAACAAUUCCAAAGAUGAAUGAUCAUUCCUUUCCCUGUGUCCUGCGUGUACCCUCCCCGAUCAAUUUAGGAAUGUGUCUGGACCUAGAAAAGUUAGAAUGUGACCCCAGGGCUGCACAGUAAGGCUGUUAGCCGUUAUCCUAUAGGCGCUAUAGUUAUUGUUAUCUUCUGGUUUGUUCUGUGCUCUUUUUAUUUGUACUGUUGGGUAUUCCAAGAGAGCUCAGCAGCCAAUCAUCUCACUGGAUUAUACAGAAGGGAGAGGUGAUUUGAGUUUGCUUGUGUUCUUGUCACCCACAGUAACCAAUCAGCAGGUAGUAUUUACUAGUCUCUUGUCCGAGCACAAGCACCUGAUUGGUUGUUGUGGGUUACUAGACCUAGAGCAAACUCAGUGACUGUUUUAUGAGAGAUUUUGUGUGCUUGCAAAUUUCUAGCGUGGAACAUCCCAGAAGGAAAGCUGUUGCCCAGGAGGGCCAGUUUGCAGUCACUGGAUCAUUCAAGUAAAAAAUAGGAAAAUAUUAUAGUAUAAUAUUAUAAAUUGAAGGCAGAGGACCUAUACACUGGUUUAUUUAGGCAUUAUUUAAAGCGCUGCUUAGAAGUAUCAUGUGGUAGGACAACAUCUUCUCUUUCUCCUAAACUUCUGGAACUGCUGUGUGCACUGCUCUACACAUCCGCUUCAGAGAGUUGCUAGCUGUGCUAAUAGAUUGCAACUGGGCAGCAGCCGUGUGCUUUUUUAUUAACAAUACCAAUCUGUCAUCCAGCACUUUUAUUUUCUCUCAAUAUCAGCACUUUAGUGAAUUCCCCCCUUAUAGAUGCACCGAUAAUAUUGUACGAAACUAAUGUUCAUAUGAUAUUUGAGUGUGUGUGGUGGGAGACGAGACGACUGAUAUCGGCAGAAGACUUGUAUAAUGGUCGGCUUUUACAUCGGGCUGGCCAGAAAAUUUUAAUCAGGCACCUUUGAAGGCACCCGAACACCAUUGUUAGUGCUGAAUCAUCAGAUACAGGUAGAAUUCUAUUGUUUCUAUAUGUAUGUCUGACCAUUCAGCUCUACACGUGUGUAUUGGAACGAGCAAUCUUUUCCAGGAAAGAUCGUUAUAUAAUGUCUAUCGCCAACUUGACUUUAUAUUUAAUAUUUAUUGGGAUUUCUACAUGGGCAGUGUUUGCACUGGACCCAAUAGCACUUCAGGCUUAUGUAUUUAUAGAGAGUUGCAAAACUCAUGUGAUUUAUCUCUGUCUUCUCUUCGUUAUGAACAAACAAACAAGCUUUUAGCUCUUGCUCAGUUCUGUACCUGCACCGACUGCCUAGGAAUACUCCGCUUUCCUGUAUAGAAGCACCUGCAACUCGACAUUAGUUAUUUCUAGCUAUUGAAAUGUGCUUUAAAUUAGUUAGUGGCAUACGUAUAUCUAUGGAGAAGCCUCAGCAGCUGCUGGACAAUAUUUAUAUAAAAUAGACGUUUACAGUAUAAUAUAUAUACGGUAUAUAUAAUUGAAGGAUAUUUUAUAUAGGGAUGCACCGAAUUCAAGAUUCGGUUUGGGAUUCAACCUUUUUCAGCAGGAUUCGGCCAAAACAUUCUGCCCGGCCGAACUGAAUCGGAACCCUUAUUUGCAUAUGCAAAUUAGGGGAGGGAAAUCGCAUGACUUUUUGUCACAAAACAAGGAAGUAACAAUUUUUUCCUCUUCCCACCCAAUUAGGAUUCGGUUCGGUAUUCGGCUGAAUCUUUCGUGAAGGAUUCGGGGGUUCGGAUUCAGUGCAUCCCUAAUUUUAUAUUUUGCUACCCAUUUUGUUAGCCUUGCACUAAGUAGCUUUUUCUCAUAAAAAUGUGCCUUUUUUGACUCCCUGUGACAAAAAAAGUCACAAUUUAAUAGAAAAAGCAAGUUUUGUGGGAACCUCACUAAAGUACAGACGGGGUGUAACAGCUCAGGAAUUACGGGUAAAUCAAGGGAAGACACCCCAAAUAUAAGUCUUUAUAGCACUGAACAAAAAGGAGAACAACUUUCUUUUUCUGGAGGGUGAAAAGGAUUUUUCAUAGUGAUUAGAGAGCAAGCUCUGCAGGCCAGGGACCACUUUCCUGUUUGUUUCUGAUGCUUACUGAGUUUAUUGUAUGUUCCUCCAUGUUAUUUAUUCUGGAAGCACUGCUGUGUAACUCAUGGAUAUAUUUUAGAAUCGAUUAUCAGCUGCACCUCCUCCUCACUGGAGAGUAAAGGGAGCCUGACUAAAUGGGAGUGUUGGAUAGAGUGCUAUGGAGAGAGUGGGUGCUGCACUAUAGUUAUUAGCCCAUGUUCUACAUGCGCCUGAGAGUUGCAGUUUGUGAAUUGGGUUGAGUUUAUUUUGGCAGUCACGUGACAUGGAAUUGAUGUCUUUAUUGCACUGCCGGUACUAUGAGGGGCUGUAGAGUGUGAGCUCUAUUGGUUGCUUUGUGUAAAGGUUUCAUUCAUGUUAUUCCAUGUCGUUCCUGUGUUAUUUAUUAAACAGACUUUCUCUUCUCCAGA